CUUGCAAGCAUUCAAGUUUCCUGAUGAAAUGGUUCCUGUUGCAUUUGCUGCUAGGUCGCUCCGUCAAUAUCUUUUUAAAUACAUGGGGCAUGUUUCAGCUGCAUUAAUUUUAGGUGGUAUUGAUAAUAGUGGUUCUCACUUAUAUUCCAUUUACCCUCACGGUUCAAUAGAUAAAUUACCUUAUAUAUCUAUGGGUUCAGGAAGUAUGGCAGCUAUUUCUGAACUUGAAAGUCGCUGGAACGAAAAUCUAACUGAAGAAGAAGGCAURAAACUGGCAUGCGAUGCUAUUUUAGGUGGUGUAUUUAAUGAUCUUGGAUCUGGAAGUAAUGUGGAUCUAUGUGUUAUCAAAAAAGAUGGUACUCGUAUGCUUAGGAAUUACCUGACACCUAAUAAGAAGCCAGAUACGGCUAAAUAUGUCUAUCCCACUGGUUUGACUAAAGUGUUACACAAAAGUGAAAUCAAAUUCCAAAUUGCUGAUGAAACCAUUAUGGAAGUUGAUUUUUGAAUUUUCCUUCAUAUAUGAAUAAUUAUAUAUUCAUACAUUUUCUAAUUUUUUGUAUAAUUGGUA